AUGCCAGUCCCUACGGACAAUGGGAACGAUAUCAACCACCCGGUUGUUCCUCCCCCUACCCCACCACCCGAUCCUCCUCCAACACCCCCUCCGCCUGUAGAGAACCUACCAGUUGAACCCCCCCUGGCCGGGGUCAAUGGCAUUAUCCCUCACCUGGCUCAAAACGUAAUAGUAAACAAUAACAACAAUCGGGUUGACCAACCUCCGCAACCAGUUAACCCCUCUCAAAAUGCAACCGAAACCGAAAGGCAAAAUUUAGAUUUGGAGGAAGAUAUUUUUCAAAGUCCUCUUUCUGAAUUACGGGCAGCCUCCAACAUUCUUAUCAGGGAGGCAAACACAUCACCUAGAAGAAGGCGUUUAUUACCAGGACCAACCUUGUUGCCCCUGGCAAGACACCGCGUCAAUCUGAGGCCUUAUAUUCCCCGAAGGGAAUGGCUCCACCUCGCACAUUAUUGCGGAUUUAACGUUGAAUCUCCUUCUUCACAGAGCAAAGCCAGAGGAACCUUUGCUUCCUAA